GAUUGGCUGAGCCGUGACCACGUGCUGAGUCUACCUCCUUCACUCAGCCUGACAGCUCUGAGCGGAUCACUCACCUGACCGAACUUUUCAGGCUGCAGUCCGGAUCGAGCCCGCGCGUUUGCUCGAGGGACACCUGUCAGGAGGACAAACAUGGCCUCCCGGGAGACUUUUAGGGACCUGGAAUGCAGCUCGUCCGAGGAGGACAGUACCCGCGUGGACUUACCGGAGGCUCCGCCACCGGGCGAGGAGAAGAAACCCUCUGUCGUGGUUCGCCGGCAUCACCCGUUCAGCGUGGAGGCGCUUAUAUCCGGGCGGAAGACCGGAGAGUCAGCGUCGCCCACCGGGUUAAAUUCUUUGUAUCUGCGCCGGGAGACGCGCAGUCCUCCCGAGGAGAGCCACAAGCACGGAGCUCCUUCUCCGGUAAAAUCUGAGGCGUCCGAGUCAGAGGACUGCUCAUCCUGGGCUGCUGCCAACGCUUUUUCCUCACAGCCACGUCAUGUCACCUCUGCCUGUCAGCUGAGGAAACACAAGACCAACCGAAAACCCCGCACUCCCUUCACCACGUCCCAGCUCCUGGCCCUGGAGAGAAAGUUCAGGCAGAAGCAGUACCUGUCCAUUGCCGAGCGGGCCGAGUUCUCGUCCUCCCUGACCUUGACAGAGACCCAGGUGAAGAUCUGGUUCCAGAAUCGUCGGGCAAAAGCCAAGAGGCUCCAGGAGGCCGAGCUGGAGAAACUCAAGAUGGCCACUGACGCCAAAACAGCAGCUGUGGCGGCCACCGUUGCAGGAGGCCUACACCCGGGCUUUACGUUACCACUGUCUUUGGGCGCCAUGUCACUGUACGGACAGUCGUACUCCACCUACCACCAUCACCACAGACCCAUUCUGCCCAUAUCCCCUCUAGGACUCUACGCCGCUCCUCUUGGCUACAGCAUGUACCACUUAUCAUAAAACAGAGAAACGGUCAUUUCAUUUGCAGCAUUCCCAUAACUGGACGCAGAGGAUGUGCGUUUGACAUUUGUACAAGAACUCUCAGAGCACUUCAGAUCAAACAACAAAAGAGCAUCCUUUUCAGAGUUAUCCAUAUGUGUGGAGGAGAGGUGCACUGUGCAGGUGUUUAUCUUCUUCACUUGUUUACACCUGGAGCACCUGAGCAGGGCAUGGAUUCGCACAAAAACACACACUCAAGUGUCCUCUUAGGUCCCUUUUCUUGUGCCUUGUGUUUGAAAGUGGCCUUAAUAUGAGCAGGAAAUGGAGUUUCAGCGACUCAGGCCUGAUUAAAAACAAAAAAAAACAUAUCACUGAAACAUUUUUAAAGAAAUUCUAAAAGCUACCGCCUUUAAAAAGCAUCACAUUUAUUUUUAUGACAAGAGACUCAAGUUUUAACUUUUUAUUCAUAAUUUAUAGCAAUAAAAUGUCUUUUUACAGUGCAUUUAUAGCACAUGGACAUAUUUAUUCCCCAGGAAAAUGCAAUGAUGGAAAUGUGCGAUUGCCUAAUGUCAUGUAUUUAUAAUAGGUUAUGAAAAUAUGGUACAGGAUUGCUGACCAAAUGUGCAUUUACAUGUUUUUUUUUGAACAUCCAUUUUAACCGGGGCUAUUGUUCUAUGCAGUUUAAAUGUCCAUAUUUUCGAAUAUUGAUGUUUUAUCAUCUGAAAUUAAACAUUUUUAAGUUGUUUUCUUACAAAGAUGUUUUUUUAAGAAUGUAAACAAAAAAACAGCAAAGAUUUUUUUAAAUAUAUUUUUCUUUAAGCGUUUGGAGUUCCACCGACUAUCUGUGUGCCUGUGUGAAUUCACGCGGUCUAAUUGCACGUCUGUGUUCCCCAUCAGACAGUGGUCAGUUCAAGGCGGUGUUUAACAAUCCAUAAAUGAUGUCCAUAAAUCAUUCUGCUUCACAGCUAGUUCCCGUCAGCGCCGUCUGUCCCUCAUUAAACCUGUUCCCUUUGUAGAACUGAAACAGAUCGACAUUAAUUUUCUUUGAAAUGCAACUCGUCAACUUUCUGUGUCAUCUCUGCACAGAUCACCAAAAGUUUGGCCUUUAACUUGCUUUAAACUUAAUGUUACUGUUGAGUUAAGUGGGUUGCCAGUUUGUAACUAGCAUUUAGGAUUUGUUAAAGGUCUGGAACACUGGAAAAAUAAACAUUUUAAAUUA